UGAGAAGUGCCGACACAGCAGCAGCAGCAGCGGGCUGAAUGAACCUCCCCUCCCGCCCUCUGAGAGCUGUCAGCAGCCGGUCUGAGGAGACUUCAUGCAGGUCUCUCAACCUCCAGCCGCUACCCCGAGGGACCGAGACCUCUGUCAGCAGGCAGCAUGGCCAAAAUGAACAGCGGAGCGUCCGGCUGUCGGGCCAUGGUGAAGGCAGGAAGGUUUCUGGCGGGCUCGUCUCCCGCGGCUCCAACCCGGAGCUCCGGCCAGCGUCAGCGGAAGAUGUUCGGUCCUCAGCGGCGAACGAUGAGCGGUGACGCGUCCGGAGCGGGAGGAAAGACCGCGGCUUUGGCCCAGCAGGAGCAGCUUGUCCCCGCCGCAGACAGAAAUGUGCUGGGUAACCUGAAUCUGAUUUACCGGGACGUGAAGGCCUUUCUGAAUGAAGUCGGCGGAAACCCCCGGGAGGCUCGGUACUGGCUGACCCAGUUCCAGAGAGCUGCCUCGGCUCAGUCUCCGGCCUUCGCCGUGCUGGAGGUGGACAGCUCAGUCUUCUCCAGCAGAGAGAUGGUUCAGAGCCUGGCCUUCGGGCUCUCCUUCCUGCAGCGGAUGGAUAUGAAGCCUGUGGUGGUGAUGGGCCGGUCUGAGUACGAGGAGACGGGGCCCACGGAGCCGGUGGCCGGGUCUCAGUGCACCCAAGGGCUGGUGGAGCGGAGCCAGCAGCUGACCGAAGCUCUGCAGAGACAUUCAGCCACUGUCCUGCCGCUGUUCUCUGCUGAGUCCUUCCUCCUGCUGCAUGAAGCGCCACGUGGGAGCAGCGCUCCACCCUCCGUCACUGUGGAGACCAGCCUCCUCCAGUGGAGUCUGAACUGCGGGACGAUCCCAUUGGUUUGUCCGGUGGGGAGGGACGGGCGAGGCUGCUCGGUAAUGCUGGACCCAACGGAGGUGACGGCUGCAAUUUCCCGAGCUCUGCAGCCCCUCAAAGUCAUGUUCCUGAACUACUCAGGAGGUCUCCGCAGCCAAGAAAACAAGGUGCUGGACAUCGUAUCGUUGCCUAGCGACCUGCCCAGUCUGUCCAUGGCGGCGUGGCUGAGCGCUGUGGAGCGGCGCAGAGUGAACGCCAUAGCCCGACUGCUCAAUCAGCUGCUGACUGAGUCCUCUGCAGUGAUCACGUCCGCCGACACGCUGCUGACAGAGCUGUUCAGCCACAGAGGGUCGGGGACGCUCUUUAAAAAUGGAGACCCCAUACACCGGUACAGCUCCCUGGAUGAGAUCGAUGUCGAGCGCCUGCUCGCUCUCAUCAACAAGUCGUUUAAUAAAACUCUGAGGCGAGACUACAUCGACUCGCUGAAAGGACGACUGCACUCCAUCUACCUCUCUGAAGGCUACAGCGCGGCAGCCAUCGUCACCAUGGAGCCGGUGAACAGCGGCACUCCCUACCUCGACAAGUUUGUGGUGAGCAGCAGUAAGCAGGGUCAGGGCACCAGCCACAUCCUGUGGGAGUGUAUCAGACAGGACCUGGGCAAACUGUUCUGGAGGUCUCGAGCGACCAACAGGAUCAACCCCUGGUACUUUAAACAUUGCGAUGGCAGCUUUGUUAACGGGGUGUGGACCAUCUUCUGGUUCGGUCUGACGGACAUCAGAGAUUCCUACGAGCUGGUGGAGUACGCCAAGAACCUCCCCGACUCUUUCCACAUCUCCUCAGGGUCCUGAGCCGCCGCCGCCUCCUCCUCUUCCUCUUCCUCCUCCUCCUCCUCCUCACAGCUGAUGGUCGUGUAGCUCUUUAACUCUGCUGUGGACAUUGAUUUCUUAUUUUUGAUGUGACUGGACUUUUUUGUUCUUGGGUUUUUCUCGACCUUGAAACUUGAAAACCAAAGUGACAGUGAGGAUUUCACACGUGCCGUGUUUAGACAAACUAUUCAUGAGCCUCUGUUUCUGAAGUUGGGGUUAGCUCGAGGUGUUGCAGUGAUGAGAGGGUUUCAGAGGCAUUUCCACGUCACUAACAAACACUAACACACACAGGUUGUUAAACUGGAAAAGGCAACAUUUUUCAUACAGACAGAACUGGUGCUGUCCAGACUGGAGAAACCUUGACCCAUUCAAACAGGACUGGUAUUAACAGGGGUUGGUUUAGAAAUGACCCCUCCAUGUCUGUGUGUCUCAUGUGCUGCAUUAGCACAGGAUAAGCUAAGUCGUGAGAUGAACCUCCUUAAUUUGCACCCAAAAUGCUGUCAGAACUUUGAUUUAUAAUCACCUCUGUAAGUCUUGACCAGGAAAGAGGUGGAAACAAGACACAGAGAAAACAAAUCCUGGCCAAAAAAAAAAGACCCCAUAUCACAGAGAUGCUGAUGAGCACAUGUUACCUUCAACGAGUAGCCUCGAGGACGAGGGUGGUAACAGUGAGUUUAAACCAGGGGGGGAAGAAUCAAGGGAAACAGAACUAUAAAAAAUGAGAGCCUUCUGUCUGUACCCUGCGUUUAUUUCAUCUGUAUUUGUGCACGUUGUCUGAGAGCUUACUGAUACAGAUGAAAUGGAGCAGGACCACCAGAGAUCGUGGAGGCAGUGCAGUGGCGGUUCCAGCACAUUUGGUGCCUUAUAGGAGCUAGAUUAGUUCAAGUUUCUCACCAAAUGCUACAUUUUAUAAGAUUGCAUUGAAAACAUCAUGCCAGAAAUAAGUUGAUAAAAUGUGCAAAAAAAGUUAAUUAAAUAUCAGGAAAAUAUUAAUAAACUGUCUAAGAAAAUGUUACUGAAAUGUCCAAAAAGCAUCAUUAAAAUGUCUUAAAACAUGUAACUAAAAGGUCAAAAUAUUAUUGAAAUUUGGGGAAAAAAUAAUGAUAAAAUGUCUGAGAAUAUGUUGAUAAAAUUUCCAAAAAAUGAUUAUAAAAGGUCCUAAAAAUAUUAUUAAAAUGCCAGAAAUAAGUUGAUAAAAUGUGCAAAAAAAGUUAAUUAAAUAUGAAAAUAUUAAUAAACUGUCUAAGAAAGUGUUACUGAAAUGUCCAAAAAGCAUCAUUAAAAUGUCUUAAAACAUGUAACUAAAAACAUAAAAAUAACAUAAACUAAAGAUAUUAUUAAAAUGCCAGAAAUAAUAAUAAUAAUAAUAAUAAUAAUAAUGAUAAUAAUGAUAAUAAUGAUACAUUUAUUUACAGAGCACUUUACAUCAAAGUGCUGUGCAGGUGAAAUUAGUAAGAACAUACACAACACUAGUAAAAACACAAACACAAUUUAAAACAGGACACCAUUAAAAAAAAAAAAAAAAAAAAAAAGCAAGCUACCUAAGACUCAAUACGUACGCAGCAAUAAACAAGUGGGUCUUAAGCUUUGCUUUAAAGACCUCAAUCGAGCAAGCCUGUAUAGUUGCAAGAGGAAGAUUGUUCCACAGUGUCGGUGUGCGGUAAGAAAAAGGUCACUCACCGACAGUUUUCUUUAUGACCUUUGGGACAUACAGACGACCACUCCCCCGAGAGCGAGAGCAAAUAAAAAGCAACGAGUUCUGUCAGGUAAGAAGGUGCCAGACCAUUUAAAAUUUUAUAUGUCAAUAACAGCACCUUAAAAUCAGCUCUAACUUGGACAGGUAGCCAAUGAAGAGAGGCCAACAUGGGAGUUAUAUGGUCAUAUCUAGGUGAUCCAGUCAGAAUACGAGCUGCCGCAUUCUGCACCAUCUGUAGACCAUGAAAACUCUCCUUAGGCAACCCGGAUAAAAAAAACAUUACAAUAAUCCAGCCUAGAUGUCACAAAGCAUGGAUAAGGGUCUCAGCAUCUUUCAAUGAGAGGACAGAUCUAACUUUAGCAAUUUUUCUGAGGUGAAAAAAGGCUACCCAUGUCACCUCCUUUACAUGCAGGUCAAAUGAAAGGGUCUGAUCAAAGACCACACCAAGAUUCUUUACCCUGUCCUUGCAAUGAAUGACGCAAUCAUCAAGAGACAGAGUAAAGUCAUCAAACUGGUGGCUCAAUUUUGCUGGUCCAAUAGCUAACAUCUCAGUCUUAGCUGGGUUAAGUAGCAGAAAGCUAGUUGAUAGCCAGGUCCUCACAGCAGCCAAACAGGAUGUAAGUUUGUCCAAAUCAGACCCAUUCCUUGCAACAACAGGCAUAUAAAUUUGCAGGUCAUCGGCAUAGCAAUGAAACCGAAUCCCAAAAGAGCGCAUGAUCUAACCUAGUGGUGCCAAGUACAGUGAAAACAGCAGUGGACCUAGGACGGAGCCCUGAGGGACCCCGUGCCUAACAGGACAAGAAUCAGAAGACAUGUUAUUGUAAAAAACACAUUGAGAUCUUUCUGACAGGUAAGAUCUUAACCAUUUGAGCACCUGACCUGAGAUGCCAAAAUAAUUUUCAAGUCUGUCCAAAAGUAUAUGAUCCACUGUGUCGAAUGCAGCGCUGAGGUCCAACAUCAAGAGAACAGAUGUUGAGUCUGAGUCUAUGGCUAGUAAUCAGUCAUUUACAACUCUUGUAAGCAGACUGUAGUGGCUCAAAUAAAUCAUUUCAGUUUAUAAAAUGUGCAAAAAAAAGGUUCAUUAAAUAUCAGGAAAAUAUUAUUAAACUGUCUAAGAAAAUGUUCUUGAAAUGUCCAAAAAGCAUCAUUAAAAUGUCUUA